GAGAAAUGACACUGGAGAGGCAGAGAGGAGUGACCGCAGAGACAGAGGGGUGGGUGGGCUGGCCCAUGGCGGAGGCCUCGCUCCCAGAGCUGAGGGGAGAUGCUGAAGCCACGCCUUGCCCCAGCAUCUUGGAACUGGAGGAACUCCUGAGGGCAGGCAAAGUUUCUUCCAGCCACGUGGACGAAGUUUGGCCCAACCUUUACAUAGGAGAUGCGGCCACAGCAAAUAACCGCUUUGAGCUAUGGAAGCUGGGCAUCACCCACGUGCUGAACGCCGCCCACGGGGGCCUCUUCUGUCAGGGUGGCCCUGACUUCUAUGGCAGCAGCGUGAGCUACCUGGGAGUGCCAGCCCACGACCUCCCUGAUUUCAACAUCAGUGCUUACUUCUCCUCUGCAGCUGACUUCAUCCACCGUGCCCUCAACACACCUGGGGCCAAGGUCCUGGUGCACUGCGUGGUGGGGGUGAGCCGCUCUGCCACUCUGGUCCUGGCCUACCUCAUGCUGCGUCAGCAGCUGUCCCUGCGCCAGGCGGUGAUCACCGUGAGGCAGCACCGAUGGGUCUUCCCCAACCGAGGCUUCCUCCACCAGCUGUGCCAGCUGGACCAGCAGCUUCGAGGUGCAGGCCGGAGCUGAAGGGCCAGCCCAUCCAGGUUCUUCAGACCCAAAGAGGAAGGAAACAUUAAGAAGGAAAGGGCUAGAAAACAUAAAAUGGAAGAGGUGAGGCCCUUCAGCCUGGUCCUCCUUGGCCGAAAGCCUGUGAGGUUCACCUGACCCCUAGCAAGGCAGCAGCACAGCCACUCCUGCACCCAAGGGCUGUCUGGACUUUCCCACACCUCCACACAUCCUCCCUCAGGUCUGGACCCUGACCUCAGCUCUAGGGAAAAAGUGUGGCUGCCGCUAUUGCUCCAAGCUUAGUUAACUCUCAUGUCAGCCCUGCUGCAUCCAUUGCCACUGUGGGGAAGAAGAACAGGUGCUGCCGCCACUGUCCAUGACCUCAUCACACAAGCCCUGCUUGAUAUAAAGUUCUCCUGUUGCCAUGCCAUUCAGUUCCCUGCCUUGGACCCAGCAUCUGAAUUUCUACCUUCACCCUGACCCAGUGUGAUUUCAGAGAUCUGCAGAAGGAUCCUCCCUAAACUCUCUUCUUUUCUGGUUCUGGGGAACCCUUUAGGACAUAAAGCCUUUCCUGACAUCUACCCCUGCCUCCCUCCUGUUCUGUGUUUAGUGCAUUUGGAGCAACAGCAGAUCGUCUUUAAACUGCACAAGUGGAACAGAUCCCCAGUUCCUCCUCUCCCCAAGCCACCCCCCCUUCUGCUGGAACCUCCAGUGUCCCCAGCUGCACAGUAGAAGGAGUUGGGCUUCCCCAGCAGCAAUAUGACUUCUCAGGCUCCCAGCCCACAAAUGGUUGCUGAAGUACUGCUACACUUUCUUUGUCGGGAAGUGUCUCUUCCUGGGGGGGGAGGGCGGUAGUGGAUGUGGGGGGCCCAGAUUGUGAGGAAGCUGCAGUAUGCCCACUGCCUUUCUUCUCCCACACUGCCCAGGCUGGGGCUCUCUCUGGCCCCAACAGCCCAUCUUCCUCACAUUCACAUCCCCAGUGAGGGCCAUCAGAUGGAAGGUUAAACCUCCAGAGCUGCUCUCCACUCCCCCUAUUCCACCUCCAGCUCCUAUGACCUAUGCUGCUCCUUCUUUCUUCUCUCCUCAACCCUGACUUUGGCUGUACCCUCACCACCCACUGGCUUGGAGGAGGUGCCAGCUGGGAAUUGGGCACUAGCCUAGGCUCUCCUGGGAGUUGGAAGAACAGCAGGUUUCUCCUCCUGCCAAGAGCUUCCCUGGGGCAUGGACUGAAUCUCCCCUUGCCCGCCACCCAUAAGAACUGUUUUGGUCUCUGAAUGUAUAGCCAGCCCAACCAAGGGGGGGGGGGUACAUGAGCACAUGCUCAAGCUAUCAGGAGGAUGAGCAUCUUAGGGAAGAGGAUUAGGGCAGAAUGAAGGGCUAGGUUUAGAGUUUGGGGGUGAGUGUACUGGAAGAACAUGAGGGUUAUAGCUUGAGUUGGGAUUAGACCUGGGGUGAUGCUGAGGGGGAAACUGUUGUGGGGAGCUCUACAGGUGUGGGAGCUGAGAAGGGGACAGCAAUGGCGUGUUCCCAGCCUGUUCCCUUUCCUCUAAACAGGUUUUGGGAACACAGCAGAACAGCAGAUCUCUGAUCGUGCCUAACUACCCCACUUCCUUAGCCUGGGGCCCUUAAAUACCCUGACCUCAGAACUCAGCGCUUUUCCUCAGACAGCUGGCUUUGAGGGAGUCAGCUGGGUUAUAGCAUUGCACAAUUCCUGGGGGUGUCAUCCACCAAAUAGCCUGUGUAGCUGGAGCCCCCAGCGUGCAGGAAGCAAUCUGCAUGACUGUACACAGCAGCCCUGGGGCUGAGGACUCUGAGAGAUGAGGAAGCUGUGGCGAGAGGUCAUUCCUCUCCAUGAACCCUGGGCCCAAACCUGCCUCCUCAUCUCUCUUGGCACCUGUACCCACUUGACCUUACGCUGACACACAAAGCAGAAGCAGGUUUAGCUGGCAGCUCUUGCCUCUGCCCUGAUGAGUCCCAACCAAUCUGAGCCUUGGUUUAUCUGCCUGUAACAUGGAGUUCAUCUCUUCCCCCAGAGCUGGUCCUUAGUCCCCGCCACGGGGCUCUGCUGCUUUGCCACCCUGGCUCUGGCCCUGCUUGUGCUGAGAGAGGCUCUGGCCCAGGUGGAAACUCAGAAGAUGGUAAGAGCCCAGUGUGGGGUCCGCCUUAGAGCCUGCAACUCCAUCCGCUUCCUCCUGUUGCCUGCGGUCCCGCUCAGCCACUGUCUCCAGUUCUCACAGAAACAGCAUCAAGUGUGCAGAGACAGGCGGCUGGAAGCCGGGAGCACAAAGUGCCCGUCAGAGAAGACCACGGCCCAGGCCAGAUACCCUUGCAGGAUGGACUCACUGGAGAAGCAGGACCUCCGGAGGCCCAAGAUCCAUAGGGCAGUCCGGGUGUCCCCCUACCAGCCGCCCACACUGGCCUCGCUGCAGCGCCUGCUAUGGGUCCGUCGGGCUGCCAUGCUGAGCCACAUCAAUGAAGUCUGGCCCAACCUCUUCCUAGGGGAUGCGUACGUAGCCCGGGACAAAACCAAGCUGACCCAGCUGGGCAUCACCCACAUCGUGAAUGUCGCUGCAGGCAAGUUUCAGGUGGACACAGGUGCCAAGUUCUACCGCGGUAUGUCCUUGGAGUACUACGGCAUUGAGGCUGAUGACAACCCCUUCUUCGAUCUCAGUGUCUACUUCCUGCCUGUUGCUCGAUACAUCCGAACUGCCCUCAGUGUUCCCCGAGGCCGCGUGCUGGUACACUGUGCCAUGGGGGUGAGCCGCUCUGCCACAGUUGUCCUGGCCUUCCUUAUGAUCUGCGAGAACAUGACACUGGUGGAGGCCAUCCAGACAGUGCAGGCCCACCGCGAUAUCUGCCCCAACUCAGGCUUCCUCCAGCAGCUCCAGGUUCUGGACAACCGACUGGGGCGGGAGACGGGGCGGCUCUGACCUGGUGGGCAGCCAGGCUUCCUGACCCUCCAGCCAGCAUGGCCCACCCAGCCAGCCUGGCUCUGGGGACCACAGGCUUUGCUGCUGCCAGUGAGCUUGCGAUGUAAAUAGCAAGUCGGGGAUUAGCUGAGGCAGAGGCAGGGAGAACUGGGUGGUGACCUUCAGCAGGUAGAUUCCCCUGACCCAAUCCAAAGAUUCUUUACGCAAAAGAGAGUUCAGUCUGUCUCUAUAAUAAAAGGUUCAUCAUAUAAAGACAGGUGAUAUGGUGGUUUGUGGGGUAGUGGCUCACUCCCAGGAUGAUCAUGAGGUCCCAGAAGGCUUGCCAACUCAGGGUGGCAGCCCAGAGUCUGAGUCCAUUGUAUGAAUAAAGACCAAAGUUCAAUGUGUCACCAAUCCCCCCCACCCCCCACCUUAUCAAAAACCAUCUACCUACCUAGAGACAAAUGAAAAUGAAAACACAAUGAUCCAAAACCUCUGGGAUGCAGCUAAAGCAGUUUUAAGAGGGAAGUAUAUAGCAAUACAAGCUUACCUCAGAAAACACGAAAAAUCUCAAAUAAACCAUCUAACUUUAUAUCUAAACAACUAGAGAAUGAAGAACAAACAAAAUCCAAACUUAGUAGAAGGAAAGAAAUCAAAAAGAUCAGGGAAGAAAUACAUGAAACAGAAUUUAAGUAAACAUUAGAAAAGAUCAAUGAAACUAAAAGCUGAUUCUUUGAAAAGAUAAAAACCCACUAUGAAAAAUCUGCUGUGCACAAAUAUCCUGCAUCAUCAGUCUACUCAUUUUCACUCAGCUUGCAAAAAGACUGACGAAAAUUAUAGAAACCUUAUAGAAGUAUUAAAAAAGAGGAUCAAGGUUGGGGAAAAGACAUGUCAGAAGUCCUGGCAAAGGGCAGUUAUGUGAUGGGGCAACAUUUGGCUCUGAGUUUCAUGCUUCUUGCCAAAUUAAUUAAAACAAUAUAAAAAGCCCCAGGUCCUUCACCUGUACAUGAGUAUGUGUGAGGAUUAUAGGGCUGGCUUUCCUUCUACCUCUCUGGCUGUUCCUAUUUAACCCUGUCUGGCCCUUAAAUGUCAAGGUUUCUGAGAGUGGUGGCCUCUGCUCUUUCUCUCCCUCAGGGUCUUGCUCUCACAGUCUCAGUUUGCAUCUAUAGGCUGAGGACUCUGAGAUCCCUGAUUCUCUCUUCUGAGCUCAAAACCUCUCUAUCCUGCUGGCCACCUUCAUGUGAAUAUUGCACUUGAACUUCAAACUGCACUUUUGAUCAACUCCCAUCCAGACCCACUCUUCUUCCUAGCUCCCCAUUUGAAUGAAGCGUUCUGACAGGUAUUGUUGCCCAAGUCAGUGAUGGGCAUCACCCUGGACUCCUGCCUCCCUUCCAACUAGCCUACCAAUUCCACUGGCUAAAUAGGGCUCGGAUCUGCUUGCUUAGCUUCAUCUUUGCUGACUAUCCAAGUUCAAACCAUCCCACCUCUCACCUGGAUUCUUGCUCAGGCCCCUGAUGGUCUCUUUGCCUCUAUCCUUGCCCCUCCAAUCUCCACAUAGGCCCCAGCCUACUCAGAUGAAAAUCUGAUCAUGUCACUCUUCCACUUACGACCCCUGAAGGACAGACACCUUAACAAAACACAAGGAGGCUUCAGUUUCUGAGACCUUCUCAUGUCUCCAGACAUCGCUCUUGUGAUUCUGUUCCUCUACAUACUGCGUAAUGAAGACAUGGUAAAUCCGCUGGCAGUUCCCAGAAUGUUCCACUCUCUGGCUUCUUGGUGCCUUGCACGUGCUGGAGGUUGCACCACAUGAAUGCACAUCUUCACCCAUCAUCACUGGGGUAUCUUUGAGGUCUCAGUUUAGCCAUCACUUCUGGGGAUUUCCCUGGACCCUGAAAGCCUGAGUGAGGUGCUCUUUCUCAAGCUACCACAAUAUCCACCUGUCACUCUGAAUGGCAAUUGCCUGGUGCCUUUUCAUUCUCUUCUACCUGACUGUCUCUCACCAGGCUUUCCCUGGGCUCAAAGUCCCCAUGACUUCCACACCUUCUGCCUAUGACCUUGCCCUCAGGUACAGUUCUGUGAUAUGGGGCCCUCUCUGCAGUGGCCACCAAAGGGAGUAGAUCCCAGCUGGCCCCAGGACUUGGCCCACCUCAGAGGGCACCUCCUCUCCUCCCAACUCCACCCGCACAUGUUUCACCAUUUGGCAACCUCUGACCCCCUCUUCCCUCCCCACCCAGGUUUUCUGGGGACAGCCCUGCCCUCUUCUGGGGGCUUAAGGGGCCUUUGCCCUUCUCCACCAUCUGCUCUGUUUCCGGAGGGCAAGUGCUUUUCCUUCGUAGCAAAUCAAAAAAGGGGCCUCCCUCUGACCAAACCAGCCUUUUGAGCAGAAGCACUCCCAGGCACAGAGUUUGGUUAAGGAAAAGGCACCCCUUCCUCCCAAGCAGAGGUAGCCCCAGAUCAUGGUGUCCAACUCAGCGAGCUGAGCACAGGCUGGGUUUUAGGCCCCGCUCACCCCUGCAAUUCAUAAACCUCACCAGCAUAUACAGCUUUGUCUGAACUGUAGGGAUUGACAGGCUCAUUUUAGAGAUGAACCAGUUGAUGCUCAGAGAAGCUAAAGCAAGGCUGGAUGUUGCCUCUUAGAUCCAGGAUUUCUGGGCUCUGGCCUUAAAGGGCAGGUACCACCCAGCAUCUCUUCUGCUCUCCCCGCUUCAGCACUUGGUUCUAACCCUGGCUGGCUGUUAUUGCCUCAAGUGUUCUCUAGGCCUUUUCUAAAGGGUAAACAUACCUCCUAGCUGGAGGAUGGCAGAGGGGCUGGUGCUGCUGUACCCAACCAGGCAGGGCCCUUCUCCAGUCCCAGGGGAUAGAAAAUGUCUCAGUUCAUCCUUGAUUAGUGGGGCCUCUAAUUCUCCAGAGCAGACAAAUCUAGUCGCCACUCAGUAGCCUAGCCUGCCCAUGCCCCGUUCCCUCGGAUCCCCCGCUUCAGCCUGACAACUCAGCCCUCGUUGCUAUUUCUUGCCCGUGCAUGGUCAGCAGGAUCCAAAAUAGUGAUUCCAAAAGCUAGACUCUAAAUCAACAUCCGGGUCUAUGAGUGUGGGCAGCCUGUCCCUGCGGGCUGUGGUGGAGUGCCCAGAUCCUGGGGCAGAGCCGCAUCCUGGGCCUGGGGUUUCAGCAGGAUACCUUGUUGCGGUUCUGAGGGUUGGGCUCAGCAUCUGGGGCUAUAGGGGGAAGUGGAAAGGAAGCCCUCAGAAGACAGGGAAAACCAAACAUUCCCCAGAGCACCCAAGGAAACAGAGGUUGAGCUCCAGAGGCACCUGAACCAAGAAGCCACCCUGCCUGCCACACUUGACCCAGAGAGUGUGUGAUGAUGCAUCUGCUCCUCCUGUUCUAUACAGCAGCCUUGUGAAAAGAGUAGGGUGUUGUUCAAAGCAUGAUUUUGGAGCCAGAUGACCAAGUUCAAAUUCUACAUCUGCUCCUUACGAAGUGUGUGAACUCAGUUAACCUCACCAUACUUCAGUUUUCCCCACCGGUAACAUGGGAGUAAUAACAGCCAACACAUAGGACUGUUAUAAGGAUUAAGUGGGGCAUAUAGAAAGGGCUUCGUACAACAUGUGACGAGUUCUCAAAAAUGAGAGCUGUGACUACUUUCACGGUACACAGUACAAGGACCUCUGGCAUCGCCUGCCACACAGAACCCCAGGUCUUUGACUAAAAGUUGGCAGCGCUCUCAGUGCACUGAAUGAAUGAACGACUGAUUAGAAAGGAGCUGACGUAAACGCAGUGUGGUAUCCCAGAUGGAUCUGGGAUUAACAAAGGACACAGAAUAACUGAUGAAAUCUGGAAAAAGUCUGUGGUUUAGUUAAUAGUGUUACAUCAAUUUUAAUGUCUUUGAUAAGUUAACUAUACUGUGAUUAUAUAAGAAGUUAACAUUAGAGAAUGUCGGGUGAAGAGCAUCUAAGAAAUGCCUCUUCGAUCUUUCUAACUUUUCUGUAAAUCUAAAAUUACUUCAAAAUAAAGUUUCAAAAUUUGUUGACAA